GACUCAGAGUGAAAUACGUAAAUUACAUGUCGCCUUACCCAGAUUGUUCCAACGGCUCUUUUUUUUUUGCUUUAUGACUCAAAUUUCGUGACAAUUUCGACAUUUGCCACACCUGGAAGAGGCUGUCUGUGUUUUUACAGCUUUUCUUAAAAGGUGUAUUGAAAGGUUACCACCUUCCGUUGAAUUUCUCACUUCUUGAAAGGUCCUAUAUUUUCUAUAAGCAAAGGGUCCUCAAGUCAGUUUGUCACCUGUUGGCCAAGAAGACGAUGGGUCUAUUCACACUCGUCUCACUUUUGCUCCUUUCAACAUCGAUCAAUUCCCAAACAUUGAAGAUGGUCCCAAAGGACAUGAAUAUUGCUGGAGACCUGCCCGUCCUGACUGAACGGCCGAUUAUUGGCAUUUUGGCGCAUGACGCUUCUGAAUUCCUACUUGAGGCCAAUUUCGCACACUCGAGUAAAGUGGUGGAAUCGUAUGUAAAGUUCCUGGAACAGGGCGGCGCCAGAGUGGUACCCAUCAUGUUGGGCAAAGAUGCCGAUUACUACGACAUGAUGUUCAUGGCCACUAAUGGGUUACUGUUGCCCGGAGGAAGCGCGGUAGUAACUGACUCUGGGUAUGCUAGAGCAGCGAAGGAGAUGUAUGAGAGAGCCUUGUCGUCACCCGACUACUAUCCAAUCUGGGGUGAAUGCUUGGGUUUGGAGCAAUUACUCCAAUUUGGAGUUGGCAUGCAAGUCCUCGUAACACCUUGUGAGGCUGAGAAUUUCACUCACCAACUCAAUGUUCACCCCACUGAGUGGCAGGAAAGUCAUAUGGGCAAGUCUAUGCCAAGCGACAUUUAUCAUGUCUUAACCACAGAAUCUUUGGCCUUCAAUAACCACCAGAAUUGUGUCACUCCCAAACAAUUUGAAAAAUUUGGUCUGGACUCAUUUUGGCGUCCUCUAUCGAUCAACACCGCCUUAGAUGGACAAAAAUUUCAUUCUUUAGUUGAAGCCAGAUACUUCCCAUUUUGGGGUCUGGGAUUUCAUCCGGAAAAAUCCAUUUAUGAGUGGACUACUGAGCUUACCAACAUUCCUCACACUGCAAAUGCCAUCAAGGCUGGUGCAUUUUUCGCGCAAUUUUUUGUUCAAGAGUGCCGCAAGAACGAUCAUCACUUUGCAUCGCGAGAGAUGGAGGAUAAGUUCCUCAUCAAUAAUUUCAAAUCCGAAUUUGUGGGUCGGAAGGGCAUUGAUUAUAAAAUGAUGAAUGUAUACUUGUUUAAUUAGCCUCAUCGAAAGGCAAAUAGUUUACAGUGCUGUCUGUUAAUUGGGGGUCCUGUGCACUCUAUCUUGUUUUUUUUUUUUUUUUUAUGGCAGCCAUUUUGUGAUGAGAAUUUAAUGCCAAUACACUUGAUCUGUGUUACCGUU